GCUUCCUCCCCAGUAAGCACGGAGCUUGAAGUCGUCAUGUUGGAUUGGAUGGCCAAGCUCCUCAAGCUACCAGAUUUCUUCCUUUCGCACACCGAUGGAGGUGGUGUGAUUCAGGCACAUGCUUCGGUGGAGAGGGCGGGACUUCUGAGUCUUUUGCGACUACGUUCGCUUCCCUGCAAUGAGAAGUUCGAACUGGACGGGCAGACGCUGCAAAGCGCUGUGAAGGAAGACGUCGCAAACGGAUUCAUACCUUUUUAUUGCGCUGCCACGCUGGGUACCACGGCGACGUGCAGCUACGAUCGCCUAGCUGAACUUGGCCCCAUCUGUCAGGAGUACGAUAUGUGGUUGCACGUGGAUGCUGCCUAUGCCGGAUCGGCUCUCAUCUGUCCCGAAUUCCAUCACUUAAUGCCUGGUUUGGAGGUAAGAUGA